GCGGGGACUGCAUCGCCUUAGCAACCGCCAGUAGGCAGAAAAGCUCCGCUGGAUCUGAAGGUGGUCAGUACCAACAACUGUCUACGAGUGCCAGCGACCUCUCAGGUCUGGCCAUGGAGUUCACGCCGCCCACAGCCGAACAAAUUGUCCGAGCUCGUCAGAACGUCGGUGCCGACGAAAACAGCAUUAAGGAGGCCAAGGAGAUUCUCCUAAGCUGGCUGAAGACACAGCCGCAUUUGCCCGAUGAAAUAGAUGAGGUUCGGCUGGAGCGGCUGUACCUGAACUGCAAGUGCAGCCUGGAGCGCACCAAGGUGGCGCUCGACGCGUACUUCUCGCUGAGGAGUCGCCUGCCGGAGUUGCUGCAGGAGAGGGACCUGCUGCGGCCCGACGUGCAGGCCAUGGCCCAACACGUGAUGCUUUUUCCGAUGCCACGACUCACACCAGAGGGGUACCGUGUCCAUCUGUCGCUGGGGGCAGUCAGUGAUCUGUCGAAAUAUAACCCGGACGCGUACGUCAAGCUGUUCCUGAUGAUGCUGGAGGUGCGCCUGGCGGAAGACCUGACGCCGGGCGACGUCUACAUCAUCGACUGCGGCCAGUUCACCAUGGCCCACAUUGCCUCGUUCGGACCGGCGCGAGUGCGCAAGAUAGAGAUGUGCGUCAGGACGGCGUACUGCUCUCGAAUAAAGGCACUCCACUUCGUGAACAUGUCACAAGUUGUUGACUUGUUGUACAAGAUUGUUCUCAACACUUUUUCGUCAAAGCUUGCUAAAAGGGUGCACGUGCACUCCAAGGCGGCCAACGCACUCCUGGACCACUUGCCGGCAGAGUGUCUUCCAGACGAGCUAGGCGGCAACGCCGGGCCUGCCAGAGAGAUUUGGGAAGCGUGGCAGUCGAAGCUGUUGUCGUACAGGGACUGGUUCCUGAAGCAGGACAGCGUGACGUCUGACGAGACAAGGCGGCCUGGCAAGGACCCAUACGGCGAAGGACUCUUCGGCUGUGAAGGGUCUUUCAGAAAAUUACAGCUGGACUGAUAUGCGCUUGGGCAGGAGGGGCCUCACGCACAUUCUGGUUGCAUACGCUUGCCGUUGAGUAGAUACAAUGAGACGGCGAUGGCUUUGACUGGGAGUUGCAUCCAUAUACGCUUCGGUUCCUGCAUUUAUCAAAAUAAGGCACGCACCAUUCCUACAGAUAAAAAAGGAAACGCACAAGGAUAGGGAAUGUAUUUAUUUAUAUUUGUUACAGUGAAUACCAUUUGUUCUCAUAGUGCAUGAUACAUAUUUAAUCAUGUAACUUAUUUUCCAACAAUUUAUCGGCAUCUGCUUCUGUUGGAAGAAAUAACGUUUCUCAACAAACAGUUUUGUAAGAACGUAAGUGUAAACUUAGUCACCAAUAUUUGGUGAAACAUUUAAAAGUGGUGAUGGUGUACUACCCUUGAAAAGUUUCGAGGAGGACAUCUACAAUAUGACCGAUACAGAUGUAAUCCAUUUGAGAGUUCAGAACUAUCUACGUAACUGAUAGACAUGCAGUACUACGGUAGUGUAGUGAGCAUGCUCGUUAUUUGCGUAAAACCAAUUGUUGUACUACAAAAUAUGAAGAAAAGUACAGUUCAAAAACUGUCAACGAGAUAAAAAUAAGCUCGGCAGAUACAGUAAGUAAGAUAUAGUAAGUUACACAUGAACUCACUCGACAUCAGUGUUCUCACAUUUUAGUACGCACCACGUAACACAAUUUAGUAGAGCUGUAAUAAAAACGUAAAAACUACAUUAACAUCAACUUGUAUCACAAAAUGUAACUAUCUGUUAAUAAAUAUAUAUAUUACUAA